AUGUCUGCUACCCCCAACCCUGCUGAUGAUCAGGUCGAGCUCUUUAAAGUUAAGAAGCUUAUCAAGUCUCUCCAAGCCGCUCGUGGAAAUGGCACAAGUAUGAUUUCCCUCAUUAUUCCACCUAAACAGCAAAUUCCACUUGUAGCCAAAAUGUUAUCGGAUGAAAUGGGUACAGCGUCCAAUAUCAAGUCGCGUGUCAAUCGUUUGUCCGUGUUGGGCGCUAUUACGUCCACACAGCAACGUCUCAAGCUGUACAAUAAAUGUCCACCGAAUGGACUUAUCAUCUAUUGUGGUACUAUUAUCACGGAUGAGGGCAAAGAGAAGCGCGUAAACAUUGAUUUUGAGCCUUUUCGCCCUAUCAAUACAUCGCUCUACAUGUGUGACAACAAGUUUCACACAGAGGCACUGGGAGAAUUGCUUCAGGACAAUGACCGCUUUGGUUUUAUCGUCAUGGACGGUAAUGGAGCACUCUACGGUGCUGUGUCUGGCAGCAACCGGGAGGUUUUGCACAAAUUCUCGGUGGAUCUGCCAAAAAAACACGGUCGUGGUGGUCAAUCGGCGCUGCGUUUUGCACGUUUACGUCUUGAAAAACGCCACAAUUAUGUGCGCAAGGUGGCCGAGACAGCCACACAAAUGUUCAUCACGAACGACCAGCCUAAUGUCUCGAAUCUCGUGCUGGCUGGUUCAGCUGAUUUUAAGAACGAACUGAACGGCAGUGACCUGUUUGACAAGCGACUGGCGGCUGUUGUGGUCAAGGUCGUGGAUGUGUCCUAUGGUGGCGAGAAUGGAUUCAAUCAGGCCAUUGAGCUGGCUGCUGAGACGCUUACUAACGUCAAGUUUGUCCAGGAGAAGAAGCUCAUUGUCAGCUACAUGGAGGAGAUUGCUCAGGACUCGGGCAAGUACUGCUUUGGUGUGGGUGACACGAUGAAGGCACUUGACCUGGGUGCUGUGGAGACACUUAUUCUAUGGGAGGAUCUGCCCCACCACCGCUAUGUGCUCCGUAACGAAGCCACUGGAUCUGAGUCGGUGAAGAUUUUGUCACCGUCAGAGGAGACAGUGGACUCGAACUUCUUGGACUCUGAGACGGGAGCGAAGCUGGAAACUGUGGAGCGUAUGCCUCUGGUCGAAUGGUUUGCUAACAACUACAAGCAGUUCGGUACGACGUUGGAGUUCGUCACGGCUCGUUCGCAGGAAGGCUCGCAGUUUUGCCAGGGCUUCGGUGGCAUUGGCGGUAUUCUUCGGUGGAAGGUGGACUUUAUGGAGAUGGAGUACGAGUUUGACGACGAUGAUGACUUUGACGAGGACGCGUUCAUGUAG